CCAACAUGGCAGGCCUUGCAGCCGAAGAUUUUUCGGACGAGAUCAUUGAUCCAAAUCAGUUACACAUGGGGGAACUUGACUUAACUUCAGAAGACUUUCUUCUUGAUGAAGUAGAUUUCCAUAUCCAGCAAAAUUUAGAAGAUGACAUUGUAAGGGAGGCCCUCAAAACAGGUGUUGACCUGAGGCAGUAUUCUAAACAAGUAGAACAGGAACUUUUAGAAGUGGAAAAUGCCUCCAUUCAAGACUAUAUUAAAGAAAGUCAGAACAUUGCCAGUCUACACACACAGAUAACCGCUUGUGAUUCCAUAUUGGAGACCAUGGAACAAAUGCUGCAGAGUUUUCAGACUGACCUGAGCAGCAUCAGCAGUGAGAUACAAACUCUCCAGGAACAGUCCAUUGCUAUGAAUAUCAAACUCAAGAACAGGCAGGCUGUGAGAGGGGAGCUCAGUCAGUUUGUUGAUGAGAUGGUAGUCCCAGAGUCCAUGAUCAAUCAUAUAUUAGACAGUCCAGUGACAGAGAGGGAGUUCUUGGAGCAACUACAUGAACUAAACCACAAGAUAAACUUUGUAAAGGAGCAAUCUUUUAAAGAGUCAAGAUCAUGUAUGGAUGUAAAGGACAUACUAGAAAAGCUGAAGAUUAAGGCCAUAGCAAAAAUCCGAGAGUUCCUACUUCAAAAAAUUUACCAGUUCAAAAAGCCAAUGACAAAUUAUCAAGUACCCCAGAAUGCUAUGCUCAAGUUUAGGUUUUUCUAUGAAUUUCUACUGGCCAAUGAGCGACAUGUUGCCAAGGAAGUUCGUGAUGAAUACCUGGACAUAAUGAGCAAGAUUUAUUACUCUUAUUUCAAAGGAUACUCCAGUCGCCUUAUGAAACUACAGUUUGAAGAAGUAGCAGACAAAGAUGACUUGAUGGGUGCUGAAGACACAGCCAAGAAAGGUUUCUUUUCCUCCAAGCCAGCUCUGAAAAAUAGGUCCACAAUAUUCACUGUGGGGAACAGAGGUGCUGUACUAACAUCAGAGUUAGAAGCUCCAAUAAUUGUUCCUCAUGCUGCACAGAAAUCAGAUAAAAAGUACACCUUUGAGAGCCUCUUCCGUAGCCAGCACUAUGCCCUGCUGGACAACUGUUGUAGAGAGUAUCUGUUUAUUGUGGAUUUCUUCAUGGUGUCAGGGUCUGCGGCACAGGACCUUUUCAAUGCUGUGAUGGGGAAAACCAUGUCCUCUUUUCUGAAACAGAUGGACUUAUUCACCAAUGAAUGUUUCGACUCCAUAGCAAUAUUCCUGUGCAUACAUAUUAUAUACAGAUUCCAGGUGGCAAUGCACAAGAGGUCUGUCCCUGCUCUGGAUAAAUACUGGGAGACAUUGUUGGAGAUACUGUGGCCAAGAUUUGAGCAGAUUCUACAUAUGAAUAUACAAAGUGUGAAAGACUGUGACCCCUCCAGACUGGGGCCUAUAGAUACCAGGCCACACUAUAUUGUUAGAAGGUAUGCAGAGUUCUCAGCAGCUAUAGUGGGUCUUAAUGAGAGCUUCCCCAGUGAGAAAGUCAACAGAUUACUGGCUCUUCUGCAGGGGGAGGUAGAAAAUUUUGUGCUGCGUAUGGCUGCUGAGUUUUCGGCAAGGAAAGAACAGCUGAUAUUCCUGAUCAAUAACUAUGAUAUGAUGCUUAGUGUUAUAAUGGAAAGAACUCACGAGGACUCCAAGGAAUCUGAGAGUUUCAAGGAACUGCUGGCAGCCAGAACCCAGGAGUUUGUGGAGGAGAUCUUGGCCCCCCACUUCGGUGGCCUGAUGUCCUUUGUUAAGGAGUGUGAAGUGCAGUUAGAGAAGGGGAACACAGAACAGCUAAAACACCAAGAAAGGCGAGUUCAGCAGAUAGUACGAGGGUUCAACUCUGAGUGGAAAAAGGCAAUUGAAUUGACCAAUCAGGAUGCCAUGAGGUCUUUUACAAACUUUAAAAAUGGAACACAGAUUUUACAGGGUGCCCUGACCCAGCUGAUCCAGUAUUACCACAGGUUUACCAAGAUUAUGUCCCAGGCCCCUUUUAAGAGUAUGGCUAUCAGGAGUGAGCUUAUCAACAUACACCAUGUCAUGGUGGAGGUCAAGAAACAUAAACCGACUUUCUGAGAAGUUGCUUCAUCUUGAUAUACCAAGUCAUUUCUGCAUAAGUGAGGACAUGGUGUUAUCUUGAUCUGUGGCGUCAUCAAGCUGCAAUUAAGGAGAUUUCUUGCAUCUUGAUUAGUGAUAAUUCCAUUGGUCAUUAUAUAUAAGAUGACACUAUAAUCGGUGCUGAUUCUAAAAAUGGGCGUUUUCUAUAGGAAACUUGUCUUGCAAUAUGUUAUUGUGAUUCAGUUUAUCUUAAACAGUGGGCAUUUAAAAAUUCAUUGGUAAUGGCCAUAAUGUCAUGAUUGAGAUUAAAAAAACUUUGUUGGUACAGCUGAGAGUCAAAAAAUUUCCUCCAUACAGAGAUGGUCUAAUGAUGAGACAACGGCCUUAUGAAGACCAAUAGGGACGCAAAAUAUUAAGCAAAAGGAGCAUUCAAAACCAGUGCAAUAUUGAAAUCAUAAUAACUUUAAAAUAUUCUAAUAUCCAUAUAUAUAUAUAUAAAAACAUACCAAAAUGACCACACACCAGUUUGGAUAAUUACAAGAUACGUGUACUUUUAAUAAGGUAGAUAUCAUUUAAGUUUUCAGGCCUGUAGCCAGCAUUUCAAAUUUGGGGGGGGGGUCUUUUCACCAUGAAACCAGGUGUACCUGGACCAAAUGUUACCCAGAGCGGACCCCUUUCCAGCAAAAAUUGCAGUUCGGUUUACACCCCUCUGCCCUGGCUACGGGUUUGUGCUUUUAUCCACUCUGAAGCACAUGACAGUCACUGUUGUUAUUCAGGGGAUGUAUUGAUUGGCAUAUAUAUGACAUGUUCCUGUAUUCCUGAAAUAAAAUAUUUGUGUAUUAAAAA